ACAUGUGAUAAGAACAAAAUAAUCAACAUGACGGAUAACCACCAACCACACAUGCACACACUUCCAUGUUUACAGUGUCUAUCCUAGUUAAAUAUGUACUAAAAUAUCUAUUUUAAUGUUUCUGUAUGAAUGAUCUAUUUGAUUAAAAUGAAAUCAUGGAAAAUAUUUGCUUUAUUAUUCAAGAUUUUCCUUGGAAUAUCAGCUUCCACACAUUGGGUAGUUACCGAAAACGGGAGAAUUCAAUCUCAGUUGGAUUCGGCAUUUUACCUGCGUCAGCCGUUCGAUCUGGUGUCCUUUCUGGAGCAAGAGAAGCGCCUGGAAACAAUCGAAUCUCUGUAUGCAGAGAUGCUGAAACGGAAUGCUCGGAUUGAGUCUCAGUGGACCGGCCUAGAGAGUUUCUCCGUGCUGAAAGAUCGUGUUCUAAAGUCGGACCUGGAUUGUCGCAAUAUCGGCCUCCAACUGUCCGAAGUUGAUCUUUAUGUCAACAUAUUUGAUGACGCCAGUGAGAGAGAAGGAAUCAAUCUUGAUGAGCUGUUACCGGAAGAGAGCGAUAUUCCCAAGGAGACUCCCGACAGUCCGGAUUGCACACAAUUUUCGUCCUUGAAUUUUAGUAUGCACAUGUUUCCUCACAUUCAGGUAUUAUCACAGCCGUGGAAUUUCACGAAAUUGAUUGACGUGUCGGCCGACUUAGACUCACUGAUCAGCGUGACGGGCCGUCAGCUGGUGGCCGGGUUGAGGCGCAACAACACCUCCUGGUUCCUCUACAACCUGGCCGCUCUGCACUGGCAGGUUGAGGGCGAUCUACAGAAGGCUGUGCAGUGUGCCAAGCUGGCCAUGCAUUAUGUGCCAAGGAUGUACCGAGACGUUCCUCUGCUGAACUUGGGCUGCCUGCUGCAGAGGGCUCAGCUGCGACCAGAGGCGGCCAUCUUGUUGCAUGCAGCCGUAGACCACGCCCCCAACCGACCGCUCUCGCAUUAUGCGCUCGCCACCGUCUAUGCCGGCCUCGGCGACUAUAAUCGAUCAGUAGCGUGUUAUGACAAUGCAUUGCGUCUGCGACCGAACUGGGUGCCCGCCCAGCGGAUUCGCUCGUCCGUGCUCUGUCAUCGCAAGCUGGACUCGGCCCUCCAGUCGUUGCAAAGAUCGUUGCAAGACAUAUUGGCUCAGCUGAAGGACUACUAUGACAUCCAUAAAAAAUGGUCUGAAGAGCAGGAGCUGCUGGCCGUAUUUCAAGCACCUAUCCAGGUCAAAUUCCACAGUCAACAUCACCCAUCCCUCGGCACUUAUCUCGCCCACAGAGGAAUGAAGUGUUCGCCGUCUCUGCAUGAAAGCGACGGCGACCAAUCGAUUCUGACAUGUGACUCGAGAGCGGACAUCGGCCGACUCUCCAAUAAUUUGGUCAUUGACAUCAAUCUCUCCUUACAAAUGCUGUUGAAGAACGUCGAAACUCAGGCGCAUAUGAUCAACGAGUACAUCCCUAAGCAGUUGAAGGAGGCUGGUAUGGGUCUACUCAAUGUCCUUCCACCGAUUUCGACAGACACAACGUCGCCGGACAAGGAACCCGAAAAUUUGGAAGUUUUCAUCGAUGAAAUGGAUCCAGAAGAACCGCUCGAAAUGUUGGAAAGCACUCAUGACGCUAGUGGCGCUUCUCUCGAUGAGGAGAUUGAAGAAAUAAACACCAAGCUGGGGAAUGAUCCUGGGAAAAUCAUAAAUAGGGACUAUGAUUCUAUUGUGGAAGGUUUCAAUCAGUUCUCCAGUAUAAUGAGUCAGGAGUUCCAAUCCACAUAUUUAAACUCUGAGUAUGCCUGCUCGAAUAAAGAUGCAACGGAUUGGGAAAAGUCUUUAAGGGCUCUUGAACUUGGUGAAGAUGGAAGUUGGCUUGAAUCGACAACUCCGCAACUUCUUACAUCCCUUGUGGCUGCAUGGCUGCAUCUGGGGCGUUUUUCCAACUUCACCCCAUCUCGAAUUGGAGCGGUGCCGGUAUGUCGGAGUGUGACGUCAGUGCCUCAGCUGACUGUGAAUCUGCUACUGAAGACAGCCGGAGGGGCGCUGACUCCUGAGCCACGUCUCAAGUCGCUGCUCUUCUCACUGUUCAACGGCAGAACGUCGAGUAUCUCCGACUUGGCUGCUCAUCUCGCAUUUGCAUUGCAGGAGAUGCCGCCGUGGACAAUUGCGUGGAUAGCGGCGCUGUACUGGCGACUGGUGGGCAAUGCCGACCAAACCGUGGCCUGUCUGCAAAUGGCGAUCGGUUCGGCGCCACCCAACAGCCGGGAUGCCCCCCUCCACAACACCGGUAUACUGCUUUUCAGGUUGGGUUAUGAGAAGGAAGCUCUGAUGCUUGGGUCUCUGGCAUUACAAGAGGCGCCACAUUCUUUUUGGGCGCAUUACUCUCUAUUUACCUUUUACAAUGCUAUGGGAAAUAAAGAGCAAGCUGUUAUUUUUGGACGCGCAUCUGUAGCUCUUGAAGAGUGAGGUUUCGAAUCUCUAGCAUAUAUGCUAAAAAGACUGUUUUUGUUCAAAAGACUUCGAAAGAAUCUCAUUACCAUUUUUGUCUUACUCUCGUUACAGUACAAUUUCAUUUUUACUCUAAGUUAAUUUUUGUAAUAAAUGAGUUUUGCAUUUAUCAGUUACAAUGUAUGUCUCUGCAAACAUUUACAGUACUCCUAUGAAGUUUCUAGGUAUACUAAUAAAUGUGUAGUAAUGAUUAAAAUGUACCGGGUGAGUGAAAAUAAUAUCUGAAUAAAAUCAUUUCAUAGGUGAGUUCUAGUCAUCUUAA